AUGUCGUCUCCGUUCAUGAGUUCGUACAAGGAAGAAUCGCAAGAGCACGAGCACGUGCAGACCUCCACCUUGAGCGGAAUGCUCGACAUCGAGCCUCGCCAGCAUUCGCAUUCGUUCAUUCGUGAAGAAGACGAGGACGAAACAACAACAACAGUGACUGCGGAUGGUCACAACUCAUCGCCCGCCAAGGCCGUCGAGCACCACGAUCUCUCACACAUUACUGGCUUGUCCUUGCACGUGCAAAAGUCCAACGACGCGGCUUCCGGGGUGUCCACGUCCUCGGCAUCCUCGCACCAGCUCCGAGUGUCGUUCAGCGACGAUCCGCCCACCAGUUCUCUGCCCGCAGAUUCCGAUACAAGCGCAACCGAGGCCCACAACAGCAAGUUUGGCUUGGCCGAAGGCCGACGCCUGCCACGCCAGGCCCCAGCACUCUCGCCACCAACGACGCUGAGCACGGCAACCUUGAGCGCAGUAGUGCUUGCAACAGCCGCCGCGGCGGGCGUGCCCGAUCUUUUGCCACCUCACAUUGUCAGCGCUGGCCACGCGGCUCAGCCAUCCAGCACCCGGCUGUCCUUCACCAUGCCUGCUGUCUCGAUGAAAAUGCGGUCUGUUGAUCACAGCGAGCAUGUCGAGCAUGUGGAUCACCUGUCGCACAUUCCGCACCCUCCUGCACUGUCUCUUCCCGACGAGAACUCUGAAACCAAACAGAACGUCGAGUAUUCCCCGAAUGACAGUCCAGAUGGCAGCGUGCACGCCGCGUCCGCAAAGCCUCAGCGCCGACCCGCCCCACUGGUCUUGACCCCGGAUUCCGACAAUGAAACGACGCAAAGCCCUGCCGUGACCGCGUCGCGCUCACCACGAUCGCCACGCUCGCCACGCUCGCCCCGGUUCCCCAAGACUGUGCCGCUGGUUGCUCCCACGCCGCCGACAACGGGCAUGUCCAAACAUGCUCGCCGUCGUGCAUCCAGCGUAGCACGGGUGGAAAAGAACCGAGCUGGUCACGCGCGUCGUAAAUCGCUCUUGCGCAGGUACCUUGCCAUUGCGGCGGCAGUUUUCGUUGCGUGGCUUUUUGGGCUUUUGGGCCAUCUACUGGAAAUGCUGAAGCCUUUUGUGCCAGAGUACCUGGUCUGGUCGCACCCCACCGCCUUCAUCACUAUUGCCACAUUGCUGACCGUUUCCACGAUCUACCGGCGAGCACUGGGACGCUUGAUUACCUUCUGCGUGCUGUUAGCAGGACCAUCGGGCGCCGAGCUGCUGGAAGACCCACACCUCCGCCUCUUCCCUUACGUUGUGAAGACGCACCUUCUGGACGCUGCAAGCAUGGCCGAGCUGUACUCGCUGGCCGACUCGCUCGUCGAUGUCAACGACCGCGGUGCCAACGAGCAGAGUCGCGGGCCCGACUUGUUCCAAAAGUAUGUCUUGUCCUUUGAGAACGUUGUCAUUUUCCGCGAGCGCCUUGACGGCAGCUUGCGCGGCAUGUUCCUGAUCGGCCCAGAUUCCACCAUGCCUCGCGACGGCAAGUCGUGCAUCGUCAUGAAGGUCGGUUUGGCUCUCUUCCGUGACCGCUACCACGGAGGUCCCUGGUUUAUUGUCGGCCUGCUCUUCAUGCUCAUUCGCGAGCAGCUCUUGCAUCCCUUCUCGUCCAUUUACCUGAUCAUGAAGUCCUACUCGGUCCGGUCGUAUCUGUUUGCCGUGCGCAACUCUCGAGAGUGCUUCCCUCGCUACGACCAGCCCACCCCUGCCUGGGAGAAGGCCGUGAUGGACAAGUUUGGCUCGGCCGUGGCUUCGCUGAACGAAGUCUACGACCCAGUGACCUGCGUGGUCAACCGCACAGUGUCGCACCUGAAGAAGGGUGUUGCUGCGAUUUCCGACGAGGACAAGGAGCGGGAUCCACACAUUCGCUUUUUCGACGAGGUCAACCCCAACUGGCAGCGAGGCCAUUUGCUGGUCGUCAUGGGCCGCAUCUCUUUGAGCACUAUCACGACGGCGUUGUCCAGCACCCUGCGGAGGUAUCUGAACAAUGUCAGCUGGCGACUUCGUGCGCACCCGGAGCCCGAAAAGGCAGCCGAGCCUGUUGCUCCUGCUUCUGCUGUUGUUCCUGCUGCUGCUGUUGCUGCUGCUGCCACUGCUGCCACUGCUGCCACUGCUGCCACUGCUGCUGUUGCCGGUGCCGCUGCUGCUUCACAAGCCGAAAGCUCAGUGACCUUGCCCUCCAUUCCAGUUGUCGCGGUUUCCUCGUCCGGUUUGCAAAUUCCGACCAACUUUGAAACGCAGCCACCCCGACGCCGUGCCAACCGUAAUCGGUCACUGUCUGAACACCUUCAUACCCAUCGCACCAACCUUGUCGACCCUUUUGAUUCCACUUCCUGGCUGAGCAUGCAGAGCUCAUACACUGGGUCUCACGGGCGCAGGGUUGCACGUUAA